GGAAGAGGCUGAGGCAGGAACUUCAAACAAAAGCAGCCUGUUCCUAACUUCUGGUUGCUAGGUGUGGCCUCCUUGCCAGUCCUAUAAAAUCAGAAGCCCAAGGCUCCUUCCACUGCCAGAGACCAGAACUCCAGAGAAGAACCUCUCUAGUUUUUGCACGGAGGCAGAAAACAAAACUUCUUUAAGGAUGGCAAUGGUAUCGGAAUUCCUCAAGCAGGCCUGGUUUAUUGAAAACGAGGAGCCGGAAUACAUUAAAACUGUGAAAGGCUCGAAAGGUGGCCCUGGGUCCGCAGUGAGCCCUUAUCCUGCCUUCAAUCCAGCCUCCGAUGUUGCUGCCUUGCACAAAGCAAUCACAGUUAAAGGUGUGGAUGAAGCAACCAUCAUUGACAUUUUGACUAAGAGAACCAAUGCUCAACGCCAGCAAAUCAAAGCUGCAUACCUCCAAGAGAAAGGAAAACCCCUGGAUGAAGCUCUGAAGAAAGCCUUCACAGGCCACCUGGAGGAAGUUGCCUUGGCUCUAUUAAAAACUCCCGCCCAGUUUGAUGCUGAUGAACUCCGCGCUGCCAUGAAGGGCCUUGGCACUGAUGAGGACACCCUCAUUGAAAUUUUGGCAUCAAGAACUAACAGAGAGAUCAGGGACAUUAACAGAGUCUACAGAGAUGAACUGAAGAGAGAUCUGGCCAAAGACAUUACCUCCGACACAUCUGGUGAUUUUCAAAAGGCUUUGCUUUCUCUCGCCAAGGGUGACCGAUCUGAAGAUUUUGGUGUGAAUGACGACUUGGCUGACACGGAUGCCAGGGCCUUGUAUGAAGCAGGAGAAAAGAGAAAGGGGACGGAUGUGAAUGUUUUCACUAAGAUUCUGACCACCAGAAGCUACAACCAUCUCCGCAGAGUGUUUCAGAAAUACACCAAAUACAGUCAGCAUGACAUGAACAAAGUGCUGGAUCUGGAGCUGAAAGGUGACAUUGAGAAGUGUUUCACCGCUAUUGCGAAGUGUGCCACAAGCAAACCAGCUUUCUUUGCUGAGAAGCUUCAUCAGGCCAUGAAGGGUGUCGGAACUCGUGAUAAGGCUCUGAUCAGGAUUAUGGUUUCCCGUUCUGAAGUUGACAUGAACGAUAUCAAAGCAUUCUAUCAGAAGAUGUAUGGUAUCACUCUUUGCCAAGCCAUCCUGGAUGAAACCAAGGGAGACUAUGAAAAAAUCCUGGUGGCUCUUUGUGGAGGAAACUAGACAUCGUUUUAAUGUUCUCAAGUACUAUAACCAGAAGACAUGUUAAUGCAAGUUUUUUUUAAAUUGUAUAUUCUAAUCUUAGAUAAAUUCUUUCAGCAGGAUUACAAUCUAGUUACCUGGCUUCUCAAAUAUAUAUAUACUUAUAAAGCAUUUUUAUUUCACACUUCUCUGUAAUAGACCUUUUUUUUAAGACCUUCCCCAAACAAUAAAACCCCAUAAACCAAGUGUUGUAGUGAUGUUACCUGAGAGAUGUUUAUACCUGGAAAUAAAAUGAAUUUAAAGGCA